AUAUUAAUAAUAAUGAAGCAAAGAACAGUGAUAAAAUAAGAAAGAAAUUUCAAAAUUUGCAUGCAGAGUAUUAUACAGCUCAUAGAAAGAAAGAGAAGUAAUACAAAGAAAGUUAAAACUAAAGGAAGUAUAAAACAAAGGAAAAAGAAAGAAAGAGAUGGCAAAAGCCAAUAUGCGUGAAUCGUUCCGCAAUAUAAGGUUCACACUGACAUUCUUCUCUGUAUUAUUCGCUCCACGAAUAUCAUUUGUUAUUCAUCGAAUGAGCGAAUUAUUACAUAUAAUAUUCAUAAUUAUGUUGGGAUCAUCAUCUGCCACUUUUUCAAAUAAUAAGGAAAAUAUAGGCAAAUAUUUAUCUGCUUCUUAUAAUAAUUUUACAAGAGAUCUUUAUAAAGAAUUGACUUCUACCAAUGUAAGAAAUAUUGUUAAUUCACCAUUAAUAAUACAUAUGAUAUUGUCUCAUCUUUCUCAUGGUGCAGAAUCUACUACUUUAAAUGAAUUAACUAAGAGUCUUUAUCACUAUAAUAAAAUUUUAAUAGAAGAAGAAUAUAAGUCAUUAAUUAUUAAAUUAAAUGAACUGUCCAUGGUUAAAUUAUAUAUUGCAAAUGCAAUGUAUAUUCAAGAUGGAUUUGAAAUAUUGACAGAAUUUUUAACAAUAGGAAAAGAUGUUUAUCAAUCCGAGAUUUCAAAAGUAGAUUUCAAAAAUAAUGUAGAAGCAUCUCAAAAAAUCAAUGCUUGGGUUAAUGAAAAAACAAAUAAUAAAAUACCUUAUUUUGUAUCUUCAGAUAAUUUUAAUGAGAAUACAAAAUUAAUAUUAAUAAAUGCAAUAUAUUUUAAUGGUACUUGGUUAAAUAUAUUUAAUAUAAGAGAUACAAAGGAUAGAAUAUUUCAUGUAUCGAAAAAUCAAACAAAACUUAUACCGACAAUGUACAGUAAAUCUAAAUAUACUCAUGGUGACAUGCCAAUGUUGCAAGCUAAAUUUAUUGAAAUUCCAUACAAGAACCCAGAUGUUGCAAUGAUAAUAAUAUUACCAAAUCAAAUAGAUGGUCUUUUAAAUUUACAAACUAAUUUUUCAUUUGAAAUGCUUGCAAAUACAACUCGAUUCUAUAAUGAUAUUAAAUUAUAUCUUCCAAAAUUUAAAAUUGAGUUUACAAUAGAUUUAAAAAAUGCUUUGAAUAAGCUUGGUUUAAUUACAAUGUUUAAACCAAAUGCAAAUUUUAAUCGUAUUUCUAAUACGCCAUUAAUGGUUGAUAAAGUUUUGCAUAAAGCAAUUAUAGAUAUUAAUGAAGAAGGUACUGAAGCUGCAGCUACAACAGCUGUUUCUUUAAGACUUCGACGUUGUAUAUAUCCGGAAGAAACGGAAAAAUUUAUAGUUGAUCGGCCCUUUAUGUUUAUACUUGAAUAUAAACCAAACAACAUACCACUUUUUAUUGGGAAUGUACAGGAUAUAGAAGUUAUUUCACAAAGAGAUGAAUUAUAAAUUUCUUUAAGAAAUAAUUUCUAAUAAGGAAUAAUCAAUAAUUAUUAAAUUAAAACACAUAUUUUUGUUUUUAAUAUGUGUAUAUAUGUAUAUAUAUAUAAAUUAUUUUAUAUAUGUAUAUUAUAUGCAAUAUUGUACAUAUAUUAUACAUAAUAAAUAUAAAAUUCAUUUUAUACAAAUAAAUCAAUACAAAAUUUAAUUACAAAUAUACAAAAUGUCGCACAAAAAGCACAAUAAAUCAAAAAUAAUACAAUAUAAUAAUCAUUUAGAAAUAUAAUAAUACAAAUAUAAUUGCAAUAAUUCAUUUAGAAAAAUUAAUUUUUUAAAUAAAAUAACUUAUUAUCAGAAGUUAUAGUAAUAGAAUUAUGAAACUACAAAUUGUAUAAAGAAAUCUUCAUUAAAUAAAUUAUCUUUCAAUAUUUUAUAAUAUUUCAUUUAAAAUAUUCCUUAAUCC